AUGGACCGACUGGUUGAAACCUCAUUUGGUGGCCUAAACGAGGGAUUUCAGUUUGGAAUUAACAACGGUUCAGUCAACGCCGAAAUAUAUCUAGCUCCACAACGGCCAGAAACUCCUCCAGGUCCCUGCUCCACCGUCCCGUUCAACCGCGACCCAGAAUUCGUCAAUAGGGGUACCCUCCUAUCCCAAAUACGCGAGAAAAGCUCACAAUCGGCCCGAAUAGCUCUUGUCGGGCUAGGUGGUGUCGGAAAAAGUCAAUUACUCGUCGAAUACUCCUAUCAAGUCCGAGAAAUAGACCCAGGAACAUGGGUCUUUUGGAUACACGCGAGCAAUCCUUCUCGAUUUGAGGCAGACUAUCUAUCACUGGCAGAGACACUGAAGAUUCCCGGUCGCCAUAAUCCAAAAUCGAACAUAUUUCAAUUAGUUUGCAACUGGCUUCAGGAUGAAAGGAAAGGGAAAUGGAUUCUGGUGAUUGACAAUCUGGAUGACUAUUUCCUUGACCAACCCGUUCAAGUUCCUUCACACACAGACGGCUCUCGGGGUGAUGAGAGAACCAGACUUGAUUCUUUCUUGUCGUUUUUGCCUCGAUCUCAAAGUGGUUCCAUCAUAAUUACUACAAGGAGCAAGGAGGUUGCUUUGAAGUUGGGUUAUGAGAGAGAUAUCAUCCUCGUCGAGCCGAUGGAGCAAUCUCACGCUUUGGCACUCGUUGAGAAGAAACUCUUGGUCCCCGCAGAGCCCGGCGAUAUAUGUCAAUUGAUUGAUAAGCUAGAUUAUAUGCCUUUGGCUAUUGCACAGGCAGUGGCGUACCUCAACAAAAGGGGAGCGCGCUGUUCCGUGACGCAGUACUUGGAGGAGUUUGAACGAAACGACCGAAAGAGAGUUAGACUCCUGAAAACAGAGCCAAAUAAUCCACUUCGAGAUCACGAAGCAGCCAACCUGAUCAUGGAUACCUGGCAAAUUUCUUUCAACCAUGUCCAGCGGAUUAGAUCCUCAGCAGCAGACAUCUUAUCUCUGGCGAGCUUUUGUGACCGACAGGAAAUUCCGGACAUCUUGCUUCGAAUCGACCCAGAGUCCGAAAACGAUACUGAUUCAGUUGCGGGUGAUGAAUUUGAAGAUGAUCUCCAGAUACUGACGGAUUUUUUAUUCAUUUCUCCAAAUGCAGAUGGGAGAACCUUCCAAAUGCACAGUCUAGUACAGCUGGCCACAAGAAGUUGGCUGGAAAAACACGGGGAUCUGGAAAGGUGGAAAGAACACUUUAUCAAGAUUCUCGCGGUCGAGUUCCCAACUGAGAUUUAUGAAGACUGGGAACGAUGUCAAGUGCUAUUCCCGCACACAAAAUCGGCUUUGAGGCACCGGCCUGUAACGGAGGGUACAUUAUCUACCUGGGCUACUUUACUUGACAACGCGGCAAAUUAUGCGGCCGAAAAAGAAAGAUAUCGUGACUCAUUGGAAAUUUUGCAAGCCGUUAUCACCGCGAGGGAAGCCAUACUCGGCUCGAACCACGAUCAUACACUCAUGAGUAAAGGCUAUAUGGGUUUGAUAUAUGGAAUAUUUGGCUUGAAGAAUGAGUUUCAAACUAUUUCCAAGGAAGUUUACUGCGCUUUUGCUAAGCUCCAUGGGCCGGGGCACGCCGAAACGCUCGCCGACAUGGUAAUUUUGGGCAGGAUAUUGGUGGAGAACAAUCGAUUUUUCGAGGCGGAAGCACUUCUUCGAAGCUCAUUAGAGAUUGAUAAUAAGCUAUCUAUGGGGGUUGGAAGCCUUCGCACGAGUAUAAUUCUCGCCAUUCUUUCAUGGGCGCUUCUCCAACAGGGCAAAUAUCAAGAGGCGGAAAAACUACAGAUAAUGUCACUAGAAAUCGACAAGAAGGUCCUCCCGGAAGUUCACCCUUACAAUUUGAAGGCCAAGUUCUCGCUUGCUUCGAUGUACCAGUGUCAGUCUCGAUGGGCGGAAGCAGAAGAAAUGAAUCUUGAAGCUUUAGAGGACACCAAGAAGGUGAUGGGGCAAGCAAAAUCUUUAAGAUUGCUUAUCAUGAAAAACCUCGGAGAGAUAUACAAAUUUCAAAAAAGAUGGUCAGAAGCGGAGAGUCUCUUUCAGCAGGCUUUGAAAAUUUGCUUGGAAGUCUUUGGGCUGAAUGACUCUGUGACUACUUACAACAUAACCAGCCUCGCGCAAGUUUAUUGGCAAUCGGGCCAUCUUCAAGAAGCCGAAAUAUUCCAAAAGAAAUGGCUCGAGAUAUUUCAGGAGGAUCACGGAAGAAAUCAUCCUGAGGCGGCGGUGGUGAUGAUGAAAGAGCUAGCUGUGGUCUAUACACUACAAGCUCGCGGAUCAGAAGCCAAAGCCCUUGCAUUCCAUACCAUGGAAGCUUAUGAUAGAAUGAAAAAUGGUCAGUUUCUUGACCUGGAAACUUUGACGGAUUUGAUUUGGGUUUGUCACAAGCAAAAUCUUUCGAAGGAAGCGGAGGCCCUGCAAAUGGAAUAUUUGGAAGAAUCAGAAAGA